CACAGCACCGAUGAACAUGCAGUACAUGAAACAGUUUAGAACAAUGAAUUCAGUUUAAAGUGAUUUAAACCUGACAUUUUUCUGCAAAUAUAAAGAUUACUGACUGAUCUGAAGAGUCCUUUCAAGUUAAAAUGGAAGAAUGGCAGAAAUGAACAGAUAAUGACUACAAACUUAAUGAGAGGAACUGGGCGUGUGUGUGUGUGUGUGUGGCAUCUGUUCUGUCUCUGCUGGACAAGAGUUCAACCGCUUCACUAUACUGAGAAAAAACCCUGGACCGUUUCUGAAGAAUGCUCUGAUUUAAAAAUGGUCUCCAAUAACAGUAUGGAGUGAUUAUAUUGGGAAAACCUUUUUGAAGCUAAAGUUUUUGCCUUAAAUGUUUAAUGCAAUUUAAUGGGACAACAGUUCUGGCUGUUGAUAUUCUCUCUGAUUCAAACUGAAGAGACUAAUCUGACAUUUUCAAGGAUGCCAAUAAUGCCGCUUCCACAAAGUUGACACCUGACAUCUUGUCUUACAAUGAGCAAGGAUGGAUAGCACAACCAGCCCCACAGCAGAGUCUGCUGUUUGCAAUGGAUUUGUCAACAGUGUGUUCAAUAUUUCGCUAGACGAGGAAAGUAAAAUGGGGAUUUCAUGGAUUCCAGAGUCCAUUUCCUCAGACCCCAUAAUUCCCUGUCAGACCCUCAGAAGAGAAAAGCCAGAAGCCAACCGGCGGUCCAGGACAGCAGCCAUUUGGAAGGUCCUGAACCGCCACAAGACCACUUCUGACCUGGACCGGCGACCUCACUCGAUGAUCCUCCCAGGCGAAAUGUCCUUUCUUAAACUGUCCAUCACAAACAAAGUGAGAUCCUUCAAGAAAUUAAAGUCUCCGUCUGUCUUUAGAGGGAAAGCUGGCAAGCUCUCCAGUGUUAAAUUCAACAGCGACCUGAAAGAUGACGUGGAUGACAUAAAUAUGUGCAAGGACUCUCCCUCCUCGGAGCACAAGAACGUUUCCAGGAAUAAAGCCAAGAGACAUUCAUUUGCAGGACACACCACAAACUUCUACUGUUCGCUUGAGCACACAGACCCAUCUGGAACUCCAGAGAGUGAGCAACAGGCACUUAAGGACACCAUUAGUAACCAAAAUGGGUGCAAGUUAUCCGAAAGAGUGACUUACACAAAAAAAUCUCCCUCCAACUUGUCAAACUGCAACAUUUCAUCUGUAACUGACAAUGAAGAACGUUAUGUGAAGCAAAGCCUCAAGAUACCUCAAAGAAGACGAUGGUCAAAGGGGGGCGAUGUUUUAAAUUACUUGAGAAGAAUUUCUCUCAAAGGAAGGGGAAGUUCACCUUUGGCCGAGAGCAGUUUUGAGUCGAUGAAUACCCUGGACAAAACCAUUGACUCUGACUACGGCUCGGUUAACUUUGAAUUUGUCAAAGAUUUGAACUCUGCACCUGAGCAUGUGGGGCUCGAUGGAAAAAGCAGCCAUUUUAGAGGCCUUUUUCGAUUUUUCAACAGUGUGGCUGAGACCGCCAUAAGAUGGAGAAACUCAUCUCGAUCUUUCUCCCCCCCUGAAAAACAGAGAUCUCCUCAGGACUCGCAGAAGACUCAACCAUCAGGAGAACUCAUCCACAAUACCUCUUUGACAUUGAGGAGUGAGCAUAAAGCAGAUACCUCAGAUCAGGGUAAAUCUACAUUAUCCACUGACACCAUUUCCAAGGUGGUUUCACCUGCCAAUGCCAUGGCGGGUCGCUCUCCUGCUGUGGUGCUGAAGGCCUGGAGAACAUGUCCAGACUCUCCAAGAGAUAACAGUUCCCUGUGUAAUAACUCUGGGGGAUCUCAAUUGCAGCUCAACUCGAUUCACAUCUCUCUCACCACCAUUGAGAACCACUCAAGAUGUAAAGAAGCAGAGAAGAGCCCCUGCUCAGAGCUACUGGACCAGAGAGAUUCUGAAACUUUUGAACACUCACACUUAUCUAGCACAACAGUUGAUGAAAAUCAAGAUAUCUGCACUGAUAAGAGGAAAAUACCUAACUGUCCAGAGAACUUAUUUAAGGCCCUCUCUCGUCCUGCUGGCCAGUCGCCUUCAGAUCCUCCAUUUAAAGUUUUGCUUCAGCGAUGUCGCUCACUGCCUCUGCCCACCACGCUCUCAGCUCUAGAGCCACUGGACCUGACGCAUGUGCUCACUCCACCAGAGAAGUCAAAGAGUGUUCUCCGCAUGAGGAACGGCAGCACAGGAUCCAACCGCCAGAAGCUGUUCAGACCAGGAUCAGGGCCACUCCAUGUCAACAUGUUGAUCAGUGGGGGUUCGGUGGUCAGCGCAGAGGCGGUAUGGGAUCAUGUGACAAUGGCCGAGAGGGAGCUGGCAUUCAAGGCCGGAGACCUCAUCAAAGUCCUGGAUGCCUCCAACAAAGACUGGUGGUGGGGCCAAAUCGAUGAGGAGGAGGGCUGGUUUCCCGCCAGCUUUGUGAGGGUUGAUCCCCACCCUCUUCAAUCUUACACAAAACCAGUUUUCUAUAUCAACCCUAUAGCAACUCCAAGGUUCCAUAACACAACAGCAAAGCUGUGGGUUAACCAGGAAAAUGGGGCCACAGAAACAGUGGAGGUUACCAAUGAGGUACAGAAUGGACACAUUGACCCAGGCAACGGUUGUCUUUGUAUUGGCCAGCCACUUCAGAACCGAGAUCAGAUGAGAACUAACGUCAUCAAUGAGAUCAUGAGCACUGAACGUCACUACAUAAAACACCUGAAGGACAUAUGCGAGGGAUAUUUGAGGCAGUGCAGAAAGAGGAUUGACAUGUUCAAUGACGACCAACUAAAAGUGAUCUUUGGGAACAUUGAGGAUAUCUACAGAUUUCAAAUGGGAUUUGUGCGAGACUUGGAGAAACAGUACAACAUUGAGGAACCCCAUCUCAGUGAAAUAGGACCGUGCUUCCUGGAACAUCAAGAUGGCUUCUGGAUCUAUUCGGAGUACUGCAACAACCAUCUGGAUGCCUGCAUGGAACUCUCAAAGCUGAUGAAGGAUGGCCGCUAUCAGCACUUCUUCGAGGCCUGUCGGCUUCUCCAGCAGAUGAUUGACAUCGCUAUUGAUGGCUUCCUGCUUACUCCUGUGCAGAAGAUUUGCAAGUAUCCACUCCAGCUGGCAGAGCUGCUCAAGUACACAGCGCAGGAACAUAGUGAUUAUCGUUAUGUGGCAGCAGCACUGGCUGUCAUGCGGAAUGUGACCCAACAAAUCAAUGAACGCAAAAGAAGACUGGAGAACAUUGACAAGAUCGUCCAGUGGCAGGCCUCAGUUCUGGAAUGGGAGGGUGAUGAUAUUCUGGACAGAAGUUCAGAGUUGAUCUACACUGGUGAGAUGGUGUGGAUCUAUCAGCCGUACGGCAGGAGCCAGCACCGAGUCUUCUUCCUAUUUGAUCAUCAGCUGGUUUUGUGCAAAAAGGACCUGAUACGACGGGACAUACUUUACUACAAAGGCCGCAUUGACAUGGACAGGUAUGAUGUGAGAGAUGCUAUUGACGGGCGAGAUGAUGACUUUAACGUCUGUGUGAAGAACGCAUUUAAGUUGCACAACACAGACACAGAUGAGAUUCACAUCUGUCUUGCCAAGAAACUGGAGGAGAAGAUCCACUGGCUAAGAGCUUUUCACAAGGAACGCAAGAUGGUGCAGGAGGAUGAAAAAAUUGGUUUUGAAAUUUCUGAAUAUCAGAAACGACAAGCUGCCAUGACCGUACGUAAAGUGACCAAACAGAAAGGUGUGAGUCAGAGCAGGUGUGUAUCUCCAUCUUACCUAUCAUCGCCGCAUGACCCCUUGAUUCACGGACACUACAUGCUCUCUGAUGAAACACCACAGUCAGAUGUUGAAUUCCAGCUCACCAAAUCAGGACAGUCUCCAUUCUGGCACAACUUUAAUAACAUAACAUCAUUUAAAAAUGGCAAAAAGUAGUUCACUUUGUGUCUGAAUACUUCUAGCACUGGAAUGACUGAAUUUAUCAACAGGAAAACCAAUUAAAAAAACAUAACCUUCCAAGCAGAAUUGACAGACUAACUGACAAUCAUGAUUCAGGUCCAUAUUUGUACUGUAUCAUUUGCUGUUACUGUAUAUCGACUUUUAUUUUGCCUUGGGGAAUCUGAAGGCAAUAUUCAGCAGAACUGACCAACAAAAGGUGCUCGAUGGCUUGCUGUGAAAAUGGAUCUCAAAUGUUCUGUAAAGGUCAGUAUGAUCAAAGAAUAUUAAUUCACACUGUAGUGUCUACAGGCUGAUCAUGAAGAUCAUUUGCUUGAGGAGAUUCACGUGUCACUUCAAAAGUGUGGCAUACACCGCAUUAUAAAUGCAGGACAAGAAUUGUGAGCUAUACACACUUUUAACUUCCAAAUCUUCCAAACAGUGUAUCGCUUUCUAGUGAUUAAGUCAACUGGGGGAAAGCAAAGUUUGCUAAUAUGAUUAUUAGUCUUAGUUAAGAUUAACACGUAUUAGUUAACAUUCCAGCAUUGUAGACGUCACAAUUUUGUAUCAUGUUCUACUCAAAGUUUGACAUUGCCUGAACUCAUUUCAUAUGGUGAAUAUAGAUGUUUGUAUGACUGUUGAAGUAGUUUUUUUUAAUUUGCCUCCAGAGGGGUUUAUUUUCAACUGUAUUAUCUUAUUCAUCUGUAAUAAGCACAGUGAAACCAUUCAUAUGAUUUUUAUUUGUUUGCUUUUUUAUAAUAUAUAAUAGCUACUCUAAAUACUAUUUAUUAUUGUAGUUAAUAGCAAAUAUUGAGCUAAAUUUUUUUUUUGUACAUGCAGUAAUUUACAGAAGUCUGAGGUCACCCAAGAAAAAAAAUAUUUCUAAACUAUUUAUCUAAUCAAUUUUAUAACAUCAGCUAAAUACAAGUCAACAUUAAGACAAUAAAAGGUCAUAUCAUUUGUUUUCUAAAAAUGUCUGGGUAUUUUAUAAGAUGUUAUGGUUUCUUUGUCAAAUGUCAAUGCUGUAACCAUUAUCACAUGGCCUAAGUCUUUUGCAGAGAUUACAUUACUCAUGUAAUAAUGGACCCUGAAGAACAGCUGUUGAUGGACUCAUGUAUAGAAAUGACAGUAAAUAAAUGAGAAAAACAGGACAACAAAAUCAACAGAAAACUGUAAUAACUGUGAACAGUCAAAUCAGCUGUCUGGUAGUGCCAAUGAGGCUAAAGGGAAGAUGCGUUAUUGCAGAAGUCACAUCCUGCCUCCCAAAUAAAGUACUGUCAGAGUAUGUACUAUAUUUGAUGAAGAAUGUAUUUCUCAGCCGGUAAGAAAAUUUAUCUUUAGGUAUGCAUGCGAGUAGUAUGAAUAGAUUUCGGACACACGUCAUCUGGGGACAUGGGCAUUGACCCGUGACCUGAAUAUAUGACGUAAUCACAAUAACCGCAAAAAUAAUCAACUCUGGUUUUGUUUAAAAAGCACCAUUUAAGCACAAGGAACAACUUUCUCAGUAUGCAAAGCACUUACAGUUUAAAAGAGCUCAUGGUUCAUUUUCAAAGUGACGUCUACCCAGCUCCCGAGGGAUUAUGGUUUCGUAAAGUGCCCAGUCGAUCCGCACUUCAGAAUCUCGCCAGAAAUAGUCAGUCAUCUGGGUAUUUCUCGCUUACUGCUUCAUUAAUACUGUGGAUUCGGACAUACUACUCCAUUGGCAUACUGUUUUUGGCAUACACUAUAUAGUAGUAUGUCUGUGAAUGGAGCUAUCCAGGGCAUUUCAAAGGUGUACUAUGGAGGUCAAAGUUCAUCUGCAUCCUUUUAGUUAGUUGUGAGAGCAGUAUUGUCUUGUUGGAGGGUCUCGGACAGAUUGCUUCAACAUCACAGAGUCAUUCACAUUUAUCCAUUUGGCUUUUAUCCAGAGCAACAUUCAAGGUCACAUUUGACCAUUGUGUAUGUUCCCUGAGAUCGAACCAACAGCACUGGCACCACUAGCGUGAUGCAGUUGUGCAACAAAAACAUAAAAGACUGCGCUGUCAUAGAGACAGGCAUUGUUUCAAUAGCAGUUCAUGUAGCAGAUAUAAAAGAAUCUAUCAAUAAUCAUGUUUCAAUCCAAGUUAAGAAUAAAAUGUAUACAAAUAAAAAAUAAAAUAAAAAUAUUGCAAAAACAAUUAGCAAAUAAAGCAGUUUACGUUAUGUGUUCAAGAGAACAAAAUCGUCACUUCCGGGGCACAAAAUGGAUGUUGAAGCCACUGUGGCUCUUCUGUUCAAUGCAAUCAAUUACUGGCAGGUUAGAGCACACAGACAAAUUGCUCUGACAAACUUUAUGUUCGCUAGCUUCAGUGGUUAGGAGAAAUGCCUUAUAUCUGGGAACCAAAGCGUGUCACACAGCUCUAGGAGGUAAUAGUAGACUAUCAUUUUGAUGACAGGCUUUGGCUCCGGUAUUUCACAAUAACCAGAAAAAUAUUUGAGGUGAUGUGUGAUGAUAUUGGUCUACUAUAUCCUAAAAUUCACAUAAAAGCAUGUUGAUGUGAGCCCAGCUAAUGUGAUCAGGUUCUGCUGUAGUGUGCUCACUUGAGGACUAUCAGGACACUGAGACAUAUCAUUCAGUCGAUCUGGGAAUACCAGUAGAUGAUUUGGCUGUGUAGAGCAUGCUGGUGGUCUUUUACUUUUGGUAACAUUUGUGUGAUUGGUAAGCUUUGGUGUCUUACUACACAAACUGCAGUGCUGGUCAAAGAGGCUCAAAUGUUUAUCAGAAUGUUUUAUUAUUAUUAUUAUUCAUACUUAACCUAUAACAGUUGUGUUGUACUUUGGAAGUACCCAUCACCUUCACAAAUUCUUAUGUGGCUAUCGAUAAUUUUAUAAGAUACAUUCAGCACAAUUUAAACACUGAAAAAAACAUGGGAUGUAAAGAUUGUUUUGUGUGAUAUGGGCUGAUAUCUAUAGAUACUCCUAACCAGUAAUGUGAUUAACUCAGAACGAUAUAACCUAUCAGUGUCCAGUAAUAGUGCACAUAUUUCUUUAUAAUGUUACUUUUUAUAACGAAUUCAGUCAUGCCAAAAUGAAUGAACAUAUUGUGUGGGCUGUAAUAAUUUGCUAUGUUUUUAAAUUGAGUGAAAAUCCAUGACCUCUAUAUUAAUUCUGAAUGACUUGCAGACUAUAAAUGACUACAGUCAAACAGGUCUGAUUUAAAUCACUGUAUGAGAUAUUUUAGGCUACGUUUUGCUCAAAAUGUUGUUCAGCAUAAAACCUUAAAUGUUCAGUAUUACCUUGCAGCGUUUGACUAGUGUUUAAAACCUGCAACAAAUGAAGUUUUCAUUCAAAUCCAUCAAACAGUUUGCCAGAAUUAUGUCUUAGUUUUCACCAUGUGAAUGUAUGUUUCACUGUGUGUAAAUUAGCUGUUGAAUAAUGUGAUGUUUGAGUUGGCUAAUGCAUUGUCACUUCAUACUGUUGAAUAUCAUGAACAUAAUGAGAUGAAAGAAUCAACAGAAUGUUUGCUUUUAUGUCAUUUUUUGAACCAACGUGUUUUACGAUUAGUAUUGAUUAUUUGAAGAUGCACAUGUCUUUAUUGGUGACUUGAUUAUCAGUACAUCAUUCAGAUCAAUGGAAACUGUUACACUUUUACAUGUCAUGGUCUCCCAACUUGCUGCUUCAAUUUACAAAAUCAUCAGUCGUUAAUGUGCAAUAAACACAACACAUCAUG